ACAUUGUGCAGGGCUAUGCAGUGUCAGUCUGAGAGCAGCUGGGCUGGGGUGUACAUGGCUACGGCACAGAGCAGCACCAAAACCAGCAUGUGAUAGAGGAGACAGACUCAGAGCACCCCCAGGACCACAGCAACCCAACACUGGGACCACCGCUCCAUCCAGCACAAUAGGACCAUUGGAUUCCCUGCACACGUGGAGACAGCACUGUCAGGAAGGACCACUGACCUUCGACGGCAAAAAAAAAAAGGACUUAGGAUGGCGGCGAAUAAGGUUGGGAAGAGGAUGAUUAAUAAAACCCACUCUCCGUCCAGGAAUAGAGACUCCGGAGGGCAUGCCAUACAGAGGAGGCAAGCCCGGGUCACGGUCAAAUAUGACCGCAAAGAGCUACAGAAGAGGCUGGACGUGGAGAAGUGGAUCGACGAAAGUAUUGAGCGCCUUUAUGAGGGCAAGGAGGUGGACAUGCCGGAUGAGGUGAACAUUGAUGAUCUUCUGGACAUGGAAACAGAGGAACAGAGAAGAAGCAACCUACAGAUCCUCCUGAGGUUGUGUACAAAUAACACAGAGGAAUUCAUUCAAGACCUUCUCUUCAAGCUAAAAGGGCUACAGAAACAAACACUUUUGAGGAAGAACGGACUAGAGGUCACCAACGAAGACCCAAUUCUAGAGCAAGCGUGACCCUGUCAGAAUAACAACUGUGGUCAUUGGUCAAAGAGCACAAGUUCUAAAUGAAGCCAGAGACUUUGAUUUUCGUGUUUUUUAGAUUAUCAUUUCAUGACCUGUAAACCCUGAGGACUUUUCUUGAGGAGUAUUCUUGUAACAGGACCACACCUGUGUGCCACAUUUUCUGUUAUGCUUCUUCACCAUAGGCCUCACCAUUUUCCUAUCACAGGCCUGAAGCCUAAAGCUAGAGUUGACGUGACCUCACAGAGCCCUCCUUUUUUACUUGUUGAUACAGAGUUUCCUGUAUUAUGCAGCAAUAGAAAAACUUCUCAUGAAACUUGAAUACAGAAUGUGAAAUAACAGUUCAGCCUGUACGGAAUUAUGGCACUGCCACUAGUGUGUUUUUAAAUUGAGGUCAAUUCAUUGUCCCUGGGUAUGGGUUAUGCCAGUGGCUCCCGUAUUCCUCUUGGAGGUGUAAUAUGCAGUAUUUACACAUUGGUGAUAAACCAUUAAUUGGUGCAGCCCUAAUGAUUCGUAAUGACCGGUUUAGUCCUCUGUAACAUAUGUAAACUGUUAUAUACACUAUAAUGGUCAUAAUAAUAAAUUCUGCUCAACAGAA